AUGUCUGAAGCACCAUCUCGGCCUGCGCGAGGCAGGAGCUCUGCCCGCGGCGGCAGGGCAUCAUACGGCUCUCGAGGGCCCAGGAAAACAAACGGCGACAGCGCAUCUUCAACCAUUGACACAUCAGCAGACCAAGGCGAGCUCGGAGAGCUUAAGAAGCGCUACAACUCACAGUUACCCACACUCAAGGAACUGUUUCCUGAAUGGACCGACGCCGACCUAGUGCUCGCAAUCGAAGAAUCUGAUGGCGACCUGCAAACCACCAUUGAGAAGAUUAGUGAGGGCUCCGUCUCUCAAUUCUCAGAAGUCCCUAAGAAGGUAAAGGACAGGUCCCGCUCAAAGGCGAAAGAUGGUGUCGCUCCGGUAGAUGGAACCUCCAGUCUGCGUGGUCGACCUGAUGGCGCCCGCCGCGGUGUCGACAGCGGUCGUGGAGGCCGUGGAGGUCGGGGCACCGAUCGUGGUCGUGGUGGCAUUCGAGGUGGCCGUGGUGGGGCCGCUGCUGGACCUCGUACGGCUGCUGGAUCAGUCCCGACGAACGAGUCCUCUGCAUGGGACACGCCUGCUAUUGGAGAAGAGCCCAACGAGGGCAAACACGACGAGACGACUGCGCAGGCGCCCGAGAGUACCCCAGAAGUCAUCAAGCCUGCUGUCGAGGCUACUAUUACAGUUGCAAAGAAGACUUGGGCGAGUAUGUUUGCCGCACCAAAGCCCGCACCCGCACCCGCGGUACCCAAAGCAGCCCCGAAGCCUGCUCCCGCUGCAGCUCCCGAAGCGCCUCCGCAAGUACCUGAAGCCACGCCUGCGAACGACGUUCCCACUGAUCCAGUUGUUCCGACCGAAGAACAACCCAUACCCCCAGUUGUAGAGAAGCCUGUUGAAACGCCACCACCUACCAUUGAGGAUACGCCCAAGAAGACGCCAGACAAGAGCCCUGGAGUGGCUACUCCCGAAGUCGCCCUGCCACCGCCUGCGGAUCAAUUGACACAAGAGAAUGUUGAGCAUCUUCCUGACGAGUCGCACCCGCCCCCUACGGAGACAGCUUUCAGCACUGUUGCAAGCUCAAAGGAUAUUGGAAGUGCUGUUGCCACCCCCUUGAACGGGCCAACCCAAGCACCCAUCGGCCGUCCCGCUGUUGGAGGAUACCAGACGACCGCAUUGAAGGCGACUUCGGGAACCCCGCACCGAAGCGCAAGUUUCCAGAGGAGGCUGGUUGAGCAACAAGAGGCAGUUGUUAUGCCUGGAAACCAUGCUGUUGACAGAGCGGCUGUCCAGUUUGGUAGCAUGGGUUUGGGUGAGGGAUCCGACCCAGAUGUUGAUGAGGACAGAGAAGAGGCGGAGACUAGGACUCAACCACCACAGCAUUCGCCUGUUGCACAGCCCAGAGCCUCUCUUCCCCCAGCUCCACGCCAGGCGCCACCCCAAGCAGAGACUCAGCCGCAGGAGUCCGUUUCUACACCAAAGCAGGCCCCAGGACUACCCCCUGCUCCUCAAAACCAGCCUACUCUACCCCAAUCGCCCUCAAACCCACUUGCAUCCCAGGCCAUGCAGAACCAGGGAUCCCAAUCAAAUCAACCCUACAACCAGUUCGCCAGAUAUGGUCAGCCAGGCAUCCAGUCGGAAGCCUCUGCCCCACCUCAAAAGCCGUACGACCCAUUCGGCCAACAGAUCCCGCAAUCAAACAACUCGCAGACCCCUGGCUACGACUACGCUGCUCAACAAAGCCAAGCACCAUCCCAGCCCGGUGCCUUCUCGUCUGCCCCUGACAACUACCCCUCAUAUCUCACCGCUGAACAACGUGCGCAAUACCAGAACUACUAUGGUAGCUACGGUCAGCCUAUCGCACAAACCCAGCAAGAAGCUGGUUCCGCGCAACAGCGUACUGGCAGCGCUUUCGGUUCUGGACCUACUGACUCAGCCUAUGCUCAGAGUCAGCUUCCACAGUCUCAGAGCCGAUAUGGCGACGCCCAGAACAGCGGACACAACACCCCUAACCCAGCAGCUAUGGCCGGUCAAGGACAUGGCGCACAAGGCCAGCACGCGCAGCAUGGCCAUGGUGCUGGUUACCCAUACAACCACCCCUACUAUGGCAGCCCAUACUAUGCCAACUACAUGAAUCAGUUUGGAGGUUACGGCCAAGGAGCAGCCGGCUAUGGAUCGUUCGGAAAGGGCAUGUAUGGUCAGCCCCACCACUACGGCAUGUCUCCUCAGGCUUCGUUUGAUCAGCACUCAUCUUCUCCGGCAAAUGCUGGAGGCUUUGGUGCAUCCUCUUUGCACGACCGUGGUAGUGGCGGAGCUGGAGGUUUUGGCGAUUACGGUCGUUCAGCUUCGGCCGCAUCUCAGAACCCUAGCGCAACUGCUGGAGGUGCAGGAUUCGGCGCUAUUCCUGAUACUUUUACUCGUCCUGGAAACUUCCACCAGAGCUCAUAUGGCCAACAGAGUGGACAGGGUAUUGGCGACGAUGCCCUCAAGCCUUCCAGUGACUACAAGAGCGGAGGACCAAGCCCUUCUGCUCUUGGGGCCCAGCCUGGCCGUCCUGGCUCAGCUAACCAGAGCACUCCCGGACAAGGCGGACCUCAGCACGCUCAGCAAGGCUAUGGUGGUUACCCUAGCCACCUUGGCAACAGCGGAUACGGUGGCCUAGGCGGGCUUGGUCACCAGACUUCUGGAAGCCACCAGCAGAGCGGCUAUGGCAACUACGGUGGAUUCGGAGGAUACGGUAACAGCUACAACCGCGGAGGUUGGGGCGGAAAUUACGGGCAGCACUAG